AUGGUGAAUGUUCGAACAACCUUCCUCGAAAUAGAAAAGAGAGAUUCUGAUGCAGCACGAUUUUUUGAACAUCUGUGGAGAACCGCUGGACGUGUGCGGCAUAAUGAAGUCUCACAACCCUUAGAAACAAAGACGGUAGUGGAGAAUUUCAACGCAUUAUCAGAGAACACGCGAGAGUACCUAAUCACGAAGUUACGACCGCUCAAAAUUCUUGCUACGUUUUCCAAACAGAAUCCUCCGUUUGGAGUGGAAACGUCCACGUGGUCCACGGCACCAACCGCACGAACGACUUCAGCAUCUGCAAUUACAGGAUCAUUGGAAAAAGCGAUAGGCUUUCUACAAACAGCCGAUACUCUUCUUACGUUUGCACCUGUAAACGAUUUCUCCGCUAUCUUGAUUGAGCUGUUGAGAAUCCUCAACAGGCCUUCGCUGCGGUGGAUGGAUUUCACAUCGAUUUUUGAAAGUUUCGGGAAUGGCGCGAAGCGUUUGGAUCCAUGGUGUGAUAGCAACCUACAGAAAUGCAAAAAAACUGCUCAGUUAUUAGCUAAAGCGCUCGAGAGUCUCAUUCAGGCAGCCACUGAGACUUUCCCAAAGAAUUUAUCGCUCAAAAGCUUGAAGGAAAAUUACUCUCACCAAUUGUCAUCUUCUCAGGCACCAGGGCGAGUUCUGCUGUCAACCAUAGCGAAAUUCUCCGAGACUGCAUCGAUCUUGCUAAACCUUUAG